UUAUUUGCUCUUGUGAAAUAAUAAAGUUUCCACAGUGGGUUCGUUUCCAGCUGCUGAGCUAUAAAACCUGAGAACUGAGAACAGACCUCACCUGGAUCCAACGAGAAGAUCUGAAGAUGAGACGUGUCCUUGUUUUACUGGCUGUGUUGUGGGUGUGUGAAGGCGUUAAGUUCGGUCAGAUCUGUGAAGGAAACCCGAGCAACACCAGGAGGACGUCAGACGUCCAUGGACAGGGACACUAUGGAGCCAGACGGGAAGGAGGUAGAACACAUGAUGGUGUGGACGUCAUCUGCAGGGACGGAUCAGUCGUCUACGCUCCGUUUGACGGGACCAUCCUUCGAUCUCUCACCAUCUACGGAGACCCCGCCAAGGCCGCCAUCAGCCAGGGCCUAGAAAUGGAAGGAGGGGGUUUGCGUCUCAAGAUGAUCAGCGUGAGGCCGGACAAAUCAUCUGGAGCAGUGACGAAGGGCCAGAGGAUCGGCGUCAUGCUGCCCAUGCAGAGAGUUUACCCUGGAAUCACUUCACACGUCCAUGUGGAACUGACCAACAAGAGAGACCCCACACCAUACUUCUGAUCCAUC